CCCAUCGUUGUCCCCAUCGGUGCCAAUUGGUCCGUUUCACAUGGCGGAUGGCCUUUGCGACAAGACGAUGCUUCAUGGCAGAUCGAUCUACGGCCGCAAUCCACCGUUGAGCGAUGUGCUUCUUGAUCGCAACAAGGCGUCGAAGCUUGCAGGGCUACGCGCGUUGCUUCCCUUCACAAAACUAUUAUCGUUAUAGAAAGCUUGCAGAGGCUGUUGUGUGGGCUGAGAUCAUUUUUGACCAUGAGACGACUGGCGCCAAAGAGCAGCGAAGUCAAUGUGUCUUCGCGGCAGCGUCACUGGGGUUGCUGCUUUGUGUCAACCUUUUCCCAUGGCGAGCGGUUGUGCAACUUUUUCAAACCAUGUCCUUCAAUGGCUUCGAGGAUAGCCGCGAAGUGCUCGCUGCCAAAGAGGUCCUCGUAUCAUUGCAACAAGCUUUGACUGAACCAUGGACAUCGGAUCCUUCCGCGAUCGCCUGGCCCUUUUUCGCGCUGCUUGCGAUUCUCUCAGAGCGCUUGGCAGACAUUUCCGUGAUAUCUCAGAAAGCAGACAACGUUUCUGCAGAAGGUCUUUGGAGGAAUUGGCUGAUUUCAGGCAAUUGGUCCUUGCCCGACGUGGGGCACCUGUCCACACCAAGCCACACAGACCCUUGCGAUGCGGACUUUGCUUUUUGGGCGGCCCACUCUGCGGUGCAGUUUGUGCAGCGCACUGGGGGCCACAGCCAGGAUUGGUUGCGGCUUGCUUCACUGGAAGCAGUGCAGCAAGUGGUGCGCCGAUGCCUGGAGGCGUUUCACCUUGGGCGGCUUUUGACACCACCUUGGGCCACGCUUUGGCGAGGUCUUGACCGACUGAGUGCUUCUAGAGAUGUGACAGUGUUCUCAGAGUUCAAGCUCGAGGAUACGAGGAUCCAUGUGUCGGAGGCAAGCCGUAGGUUGCUGGAAAGCCACAGUGAACCUGUGACAUUUCCCAUGAGCCUCCACCCACCACACAUUAUUGGCCUUGAGCAAGCUGAAGAGGGCUUUUGGUUUCUGGCAGACCGCAUUAGGGCAAUGGGCUCUCCACAUUGCAAUCCUGCAUUCCAGUAUGUUGCAGAGAUGUUGGACCUGAAUCGGACUAUGAGGGGUGGCCAAUGGCCAAUUCGUCUCGUGGACGUAGGAGCUCACUUGGGCGACUGCACCUUGUGGUCUGCUGCGCGUUGGUCUUCAGGCGUUCGUGUUUUGGCGGUGGAGAUGCGCAAGGAUCAUUCGGCGAACAUCCGCCGUGCAUCUGGGCUGGCCCGGCAUCCGCAAGGUAUUGUGGAAGUUCAAGCUAUUCAAGUGGUUGCAGAAGCUGAUUGUGCUGAAGAGCAGGACAUCCAGACCAUGGACUGCAUUUUGGACAACUGGAAGCUGAAUCCAGAAGACGAUGUGCAUUUGGUCAGUUUGUACCUGGGCUUUAGAGUGGAAUUGGACGCCCUCCGCGGAGCGCUGCGCUGGUUGCACGCCGGGCGUGUCCAAGCUGUUUUGGUGAGGAGUACCAGCACCGAAGCGGUCGCCUUCUGGGACUUUGUCAAGGAGACCGAGGUGCCCUAUCGGAUUGUCACCCUUCGCGUGGACCAUGAUCUCCUUUUCGUAAAGCCUCCAGGACGCACAAAGAGGUUUUACAUGGUUUUGCCGCUUGGUCUUGAUUGAGCCUUUUCUGGACGUCCAAAAGCCGUGCAGCGAACCACCCGUCAAUUCUUAGUACGCCGUACACCCUCUCCUGUUCCAAAGAUGUUGCAGCUUAGGUAACAAGUCGGUGGCCAAUUCUGCCGUUUUGCUGCACAUCUUAGGUCCGGAUCCUUCCUGGACUACUUGUUGCAUUAGAUAUCAAGAGAACGCGA